CCGAGGGACGCGGGCAGGGCGGCCGCCGGCGGACGGGAGGCUGAGCGAGGGGGCUCCGCCUGGUCAUCAUGGUCGAAAGACGCUUUUCUCAGUUCCUGCAGAAACUCGCCUUCUCGGGCGCGGGCCACCUGUACGAGCCCCUGGAGAGGAGCGAGUUGGAAAUCUUGAUUGGUGGGCAGUGUGAAUUGAAAGCCAUCGAAAAAGAGAAAACAGUUGCAGCCCUGUCACCCAAGGAGGCAAGCAAAUGCCACAAAGAAGACUUGGCCAAAGCAUUUUAUGUGGACUUAGAAAAUGGGCUGUCUGAGUUCUCGGUGUCGCAACGGAGACAGGUCCAUGGCUGGAAUGAAUUUGUCGCUGAUAACACCGACCCCGUGUGGAAGAAAUAUCUUGAUCAGUUUAAGAACCCCCUCAUCCUGCUGCUCCUGGCCUCCGCCCUGGUGAGCGUCCUCACGAAGGAGUAUGAGGAUGCCAUCAGCAUCGCCCUGGCCGUGAUGAUCGUGGUCACUGUCGCCUUCAUCCAGGAAUACAGGUCGGAGAAAUCACUAGAAGAGCUAAGCAAGCUGGUUCCUCCCGAAUGUAACUGCAUAAGAGAAGGAAAGCUCCAGCAUCUGCUUGCCCGAGACCUGGUUCCCGGAGACAUUGUGUCUCUUUCGAUCGGAGACCGGAUCCCUGCAGACAUCCGUCUCACUGAGGUCACGGACCUCCUGGUGGACGAGUCCAGCUUCACAGGAGAAGCCGAGCCGUGCAGUAAGACAGACAGCCCGCUGACAAGUGGAGGGGACCUCACCACUCUGAGCAACAUUGUCUUCAUGGGGACCCUGGUGCAGUAUGGGAAGGGGCAGGGAGUCGUGAUUGGAACAGGGGAAAGGUCCCAAUUCGGAGAAGUGUUCAAGAUGAUGCAGGCUGAAGAGACGCCUAAAACCCCACUACAGAAAAGCAUGGACAAGCUAGGGAAGCAGCUGACACUUUUCUCGUUUGGCAUCAUUGGCUUGAUCAUGUUCACUGGCUGGCUGCAAGGGAAGCAGCUCCUCAGCAUGUUCACGAUCGGGGUCAGCCUGGCUGUGGCUGCCAUUCCCGAGGGUCUGCCUAUUGUCGUCACGGUUACGCUGGUCCUGGGAGUGCUGCGGAUGGCCAAGAAGCGCGUCAUCGUGAAGAAGUUACCAAUCGUGGAGACCUUAGGUUGCUGCAGUGUCAUCUGUUCGGAUAAGACAGGGACGCUGACCGCCAAUGAGAUGACCGUCACCCAGCUGGUGACGUCCGAUGGGCUCCAUGCUGAGGUCAGCGGAGUUGGGUAUGAUGGCAAAGGGACUGUCUGUCUGUUACCCUCAAGGGAAGUCAUUAAGGAGUUCAGCAACGUCUCGGUGGGGAAAUUAGUAGAGGCAGGCUGUGUGGCCAACAACGCCAUCAUCAGAAAAAACGCCAUGAUGGGACAGCCCACGGAAGGUGCGCUGAUCGCCCUGGCCAUGAAGAUGGACUUAAGUGAUACUAAAGAUUCAUAUGUGAGAAAAAAAGAGAUUCCAUUCAGUUCGGAGCAGAAAUGGAUGGCAGUAAAGUGCAGCCCCAAGAAUGAGGACCAGGAAGACAUUUACUUCAUGAAGGGGGCCUUUGAAGAAGUGAUUAAUUACUGUACCAUGUACAACAAUGGAGGCAUCCCCCUGCCACUGACACCCCAACAGAGAUCCUUCUGCCAGCAGGAAGAGAAGAGGAUGGGGUCACUUGGCUUGCGUGUGCUGGCCCUGGCCUCUGGGCCCGAGCUGGGGAGGCUGACUUUCCUGGGGCUCGUCGGCAUCAUCGACCCUCCGAGGGCUGGCGUGAAGGAAGCAGUGCAGGUGCUCUGUCAGUCGGGCGUGUCGGUGAAGAUGAUAACGGGCGACGGCCUGGAGACCGCCUACGCCAUAGGAAGGAACAUCGGCCUUUGCAAUGGGAAGCUGAGAGCCAUGUCCGGGGAAGAGGUGGACAGUAUGGAGCAGGAAGAGCUGACUGAGCGCGUCGGAAAGGUAUCUGUGUUCUUCAGGACCAGCCCAAAGCACAAGCUCAAAAUCAUAAAGGCUUUGCAGGAAUCGGGGGCAAUCGUAGCCAUGACAGGGGACGGGGUGAAUGAUGCGGUUGCCCUGAAGUCCGCGGACAUCGGCAUUGCCAUGGGGCAGACGGGGACAGACGUUAGCAAAGAGGCUGCCAGCAUGAUCCUCGUGGACGAUGACUUCUCAACCAUCAUGAAUGCGGUGGAGGAAGGCAAGGGGAUUUUUCAUAACAUCAAAAACUUCGUCCGGUUUCAGCUGAGCACGAGCAUCUCAGCCUUGAGCCUUAUCACUCUGUCCACGGUGUGCAACCUGCCCAGCCCCCUCAACGCCAUGCAGAUCCUGUGGAUCAACAUCAUCAUGGACGGGCCACCAGCACAGAGCUUGGGGGUAGAGCCGGUGGACAGAGACACCCUCCAGCAGCCCCCACGGAACGUCAAGGACACCAUCCUCGGUAGAGCCCUCAUCCUUAAGAUCCUCCUGUCGGCUGCCGUCAUCAUCAGCGGGACCCUCUUUAUCUUCUGGAAAGAGAUCCCCGCAGACAGGGCCAGCACCCCACGCACCACGACCAUGACCUUCACCUGCUUUGUGUUCUUUGACCUCUUCAACGCCUUGACCUGCCGCUCUCAGACCAAGUUGAUAUUUGAGAUCGGUUUUCUCCGGAACCCCAUGUUCCUGUACUCGGUGCUGGGGUCAAUUCUGGGGCAGCUGGCCGUGAUUUACAUCCCGCCCCUGCAGAAGGUCUUCCAGACGGAGAACCUGGGCGCACUCGAUUUGUUGCUUUUAACUGGAUUGGCCUCAUCUGUGUUCAUUUUGUCAGAGCUCCUCAAACUAUGUGAAAAAUUCUUCUCCAGAGCCAAGAAAGCCCAGACUCACCCAGAAGACAUCUAGUGGCCCCCACCUGUGUAAAAUCCCUAAAUCUCUAUUUUUUUCAUGACUGUGGCCCUUCCCCUAGCCCCUCGUCAGAGAGGUGCUCUUAGGACACCGUGCGGCCGGCCCCUCACCCGGCUCCACCCCUGGCCUCGGAGACGGGCUGGGAGCACACGGCACAGAAACACCCCGCUAUUUAUUAAACCACAGUGAUUUGUAUCAACCAUCAUGGGUAAGAUGGGGGGCCCGGCCUAGGGGCCACGGCUUCUGCUCUGAGGCCCUGUCUCCUCACCCGUCAGGUGGGGGCUUGGAGGCGUUUUGUGGAGUGCUGGGCCCGCGCCUGGUUCGCGUUUUCCCUACAAGCAACCACGUGGGAAACCUUAUGCCGCGUCUGGAAAUCCACGAAGCCUGUUGUUCACAACCGCGUCCAGGGCGACCAACGGUCCAGCUCUGAGAGGCCUGAGCCAAGCCCCCGUCCUCUACGAUCCACAGUAAAGGGCCUUUCCCUUGGGCCCCAGGACCCAGCACGUUUCCCAGCUGCCGGAAGAUGAGAGCCAGGACUGUUUGUUCGUAAGGGAGGGCAGCAGCCAGGCAGGAAGCCACCACGGAGGAGGAGCGUCUGUGACAUGAGGCCACAGCUGUGACCACCAGCCCCUGCCCCCCCCCCCCCCGUUAUUAGGAUGGGGACAAAGAGGAACACAGCCGUGUUCUAAGAGACCGGCUCACGCUACUGCGGGGGCUGGCGGCUCAGGAGCACGCCGCCAUGGGACUCCUUCCUUCCCGGGCAUCCCAGGCCUCCCUCUCAAGCCUUCAACUGAGGGGAUGAGGCUCACCCAUGUUAUGGAGGCAACCUCUGUGAUCCAAAGCCAACUGAUUGAAAUUCUAAGCACACCUAAAAAAUCUCUCACGGGAACAGCCAGACUGGUAUUUGACCAAACAGCUGGGCACCACAGCCCGGCCAAACUGACACAGAAAAGUAACCCUCUCGCCCAAAACCUGGGCUGCCUGGGGUGGUGACAGACACCUGGGCCAGACCAGGGAGAGGGAGGUCAGAGUGGACCCCUGCAGCUCCCAGGCAAAGUUUGGAAUCCUUGGAAGGAUGAUGCAUGGCCUGGGGUGACUAUCCUCCCUCCACAACCCCCGCUGAUGACACCAGAGCUAAAGGAAGACACACACAUGGGCCAUCCCUCCAAAAAGAUGAUCGAGGGGGCUGCCCGAGAGGAAGCCAUUCGGGCAGGGGUGAUACCGGCUCAGCAGCUGCCACACACGCAGCCUGCCACACACCGUGGCUCUGAGGGGCACCUCCAAGCACCAUGCUGCCCCUUAAAAAAUAAAAACAAUCAGGGUCGACGGAUACUUGCAGUAACAACAUAAAAAAGUACUCAAUCCUUAAUAAAUACCAUACAGAACAGCCCAGGGUACACUGUCAAGGUCAAAGAUAAAAUAAAGACUAACAGGGACAGGUGAGGGACAGGUGAGAUCUUACUGCCCAAGACCCAACACGCUGACCACAAAGUAAAACAGAUAAAUCAGACCACACCCAAAUGUAAACCAUCUUUUCAUCAAAAUAUAGCAGACUUGAACACUGUUAAGCAACUUAGCUUGACUCCCAUUUUUAUAGAAUGCUCACCCCUCAGCAGCAAAGGGACAUUCACCAAAAUAAAAAUGGGAAACAGCAGAAAUCAGUUAAGUCAAAGAUUUUUGAUUUUGAAAAAAAUCCAAGAGCUAGUUCUUUUAAAAUAUCAAUAAAAUGGCCAGUCUUGCUAGAGGUUUAUCCAAGGGAAAAAGAUACAAAUCGUCAACAUUAGGGACGAAGGUGGUUGAUCACAACAGCUCCCUCAAGAUACUCCAACAGUAAUACUGAAAAUCGCAGGCACAGAAAUUCAACAAGGAAAUAAACCAAUUCCUUGAAAACCACAAACUAUUGCAACACAUUAAUAUGCAGUAAUCUGAUUAGUCCCAAAACUUCUGAGGACAGUGAUGCAGUUUAAACCAUUCCCCCAAAAAGGAAAUGUUGUGACUCUGGACAAUUUAGAAGUUAAUGAAGAAAACAUCGUCAUUUCAAUAAAUGGUGUUGGAACAGCAGAAAGAGCCACCCUCGACUCAAGCCUCAUGCCUUCCACAAAAAUUAACUCAAAAUGAGCCACAGAUCUAAACCAGAAUAAAAACAGGGAAAAAAAAUCUUUGGGAUCUAGGAUUAGGCAGAGUUCUUAGACCUGACCCCACGAGACCAUCCCUGAAAGAGAAACUGAGUAAAUACACCGUAGUGGAAUUACUGGGUCAUAUGGUAAUUCUGUUUUUAACUUCCUGAGGAACGAAUGAAAAUGAAAACACUAAUUCAAAAAGAUGUUUGCCCCCCUAUGUUUAUUGCAGCAUUAUUUGUAAUAGCCAGAACAUGAAAGCAGCCUCGCGCCCCUCCACAGAUGAAUGGAUACAGAAGGUUAGUACAUACACAAUGGAAUAUUACUCAGCCAGAAAAAGAAUGAGAGCUUGCCCUUUUUUUGA